CUGCGCUGGUGCUAGGGAUCGCGGCAGGCCAAGGGGGAGGUGCGGGUGGGUAGAAGGGACAGGUCUGGGCAGCGUUCGGUGGUUGGCAGCAGUUCGCGCCCCCAUUCAAGCGGCAGGACGCACUUGUUCCAGUAGUUCUAGCUUACCGCGCUAGCUGCUGCUUCUGCGCUCCGCUCACUGAGCUCAUCAGCAAACAUCUAGGCAUACGUCUUCACCAUGCCUAGCCUUUGGGAUCGUUUCUCUUCGUCGUCGUCCUCCUCAUCGUCUUCGUCCUUGUCCAGCACUCCCAACCCAGAUAGGCCACCGCGCUCAGCCUGGGGGUCGGCAGCCAGAGAGGAGGGGCUUGACCGCUGCGCGAGCCUGGAGAGCUCGGACUGCGAGUCCCUGGACAGCAGCAACAGUGGCUUCGGGCCGGAGGAAGACUCGUCAUACCUGGAUGGAGUGUCCCUGCCCGACUUCGAGCUGCUCAGCGACCCGGAGGAUGAGCACCUGUGUGCCAACCUGAUGCAGCUGCUGCAGGAGAGCCUGUCCCAGGCGCGGCUGGGUUCGCGGCGCCCCGCGCGCCUGCUGAUGCCGGGCCAGCUGGUGAGCCAGGUGGGCAAAGAACUACUGCGCCUGGCGUAUAGCGAGCCGUGCGGCCUGCGGGGAGCGCUGCUGGACGUCUGCGUAGAGCAGGGCAAGAGCUGCCACAGUGUAGGCCAGUUGGCUCUCGACCCCAGCCUGGUGCCCACGUUCCAGCUGACCCUGGUGCUGCGCCUGGACUCCCGCCUCUGGCCCAAGAUCCAGGGGCUGUUCAGCUCAGCCAACUCUCCCUUCGUCCCUGGCUUCAGCCAGUCUCUGACGCUGAGCACGGGCUUCCGAGUUAUCAAAAAGAAGCUGUACAGCUCGGAGCAGCUGCUGAUUGAGGAGUGUUGAACUUCAGCCGGGGCGACAAUGCCCCACCGAUCAGACAACUGGACUUUUUGGGUGCAGACAAGCAGGCGGAGCGGAGGGACUGAUGAUUGUCGGUAGUAAACUGACAGUAGCCACCUGAGUGGAGUAAGGUGGAGGUGGGGAGCAUAGCGUUUCCUAGGAAGCCCACUGAGUUGUGUGCAGGUGGCUCCCAUUGGGGCACACGCCCCUCAGUACUGUAGCAUGAAACAAAGGCACAGGGGCCAGCGGCCUUCUGGCUGGAUGUGUAUGUAGCAUGUACCUUAUUUUUAUUAUUACUGACAGUUAAGACAACAGUGGUGUGACACAGGCUAGCAGCUGGGCUGCGCUGGCUCUGCAGGGGUGCGCUCCUGGCUGCCGGAGGGAGGGGGGAGGUCACCAAGUAAUUUGUGUAUCUCAUGGUCUGAAGGGACCAAGUGUGUUUGCUGUUUGUUUUGUAUCUUUUGUUUUUCUGAUCAGAGCUUCACUACUGACCUGUUCUAGGCAGCUAUCUUACAGACGCAUGAAUGUAAGAGUAGGAAGGGGUGGGUGUUGGGAUCACUUGAGAUCUUUGACACUUGAAGAAAAAAUACACCUGAGAGCUGCAUCCAACCCAUCCCCCACCAGGUAGGGAGGAAUUGAGCUGGAGGGGAUGGGGCUGAGUGGGGUCGGGGCUGGAACCCCCCCUCCCCCAGAGGAGUGCCAUCUGGGUCUUCCAUCUAGAACUGUUUACAUGAAGAUACUCACUGUUCAUGAAUACACUUGAUGUUCAAGUAUUAAGACCUAUGCAAUAUUUUUUACUUUUCUAAUAAACAUGUUUGUUAAAACA